CACUGGCCGGCAGGGAGGCCGGAGGCUGGCAGGGAGGCCAGCGCGUUGGGUUGACUGGGAAGUUUGUCAGAGUUUCUAGCUGCUCAGGUCUCAGACAGCUGACAGGAAACAGGCCAGAGGUCACAUGAACUGAGACCACACACCCCUGUUAAAUACAUCAGCUUUUAAAUCAAUCUUUGUUCAAAGUCCAGUGAGUUCCAAGACCUGUGCUGUCCACAGAGAAUUCCUCAGUGACAGGAGCAAUUCCUUCUAUCCCAGAAAUGGCUACCACGUUCAACCCUCGAGAAUGUAAGCUGUCCAAGCAAGAAGGACAAAGUUAUGGCUUCUUCCUACGAAUUGAGAAGGACACUGAUGGUCACCUGGUUCGGGUGGUGGAGCAGGGGAGUCCCGCAGAGGAGGCUGGGCUCCUGGAUGGGGACAGGGUCCUCAGGGUGAAUGGUGUCUUCGUUGACAAGGAAGAGCAUGUGCAGGUGAGGGGCCUCUCCUUCAUGCUCGGCUCUCUCCCAGGCAAAGUGGGGGUCUGCAUGACUGACAUCACCCCUCACGGUGUGGCUAUGAAAGCAGGAGUCCUGGCCAAUGACUACCUGAUCGAAGUGAAUGGAGAGAAUGUAGAGAAGGCCAGUCAUGAGGAAGUGGUGGAGAAGGUGAAGAAGGCCGGAGGCCGCAUCGCCUUCUUGCUUGUGGACCAGGACACAUACAAGCGCCACAGUGAACAGAAGAUGCCAUUCCACAGGGAUGCCGCCAGCCUGGAGCUGCUGCCCCAGCAGCCGCGUGUGGUGGAGAUGAAGAGAGGGAGCAACGGCUACGGCUUCUACCUGAGAGCAGGCCCUGAACACAAAGGUCAGAUCAUCAAGGACAUAGAUUCUGGAAGUCCAGCAGAGGCGGCUGGCUUGAAGAAGAAUGACCUGGUGGUGGCAGUGAAUGGUCAGUGUGUGGAAGGCUUGGAUCAUGAUAGCGUGGUGGAGAUGAUUAGAAAGGGCGGCGAGCAGACCUCACUGCUGGUGGUGGACAAGGACACAGACAGCAUGUACAGACUGGCUCGAUUUUCUCCGUUUCUCUACUACAAAAGUCAAGAACUGCCCAAUGGCUCCGCCCCAGCUCCGCCCUCUGCUCCUCCUAAUGUGUCAAGUCCAGCUCCGCCCUCUGCUCCUCUGAACGAGCCAAGUCCAGAAACGACAGAGGAAGAAGAUCCUAAACCGAGACUCUGCAGGCUGGUGAAGGGGGACAAUGGCUAUGGCUUUCACUUAAAUGCGAUUCGGGGUGUGCCUGGCUCCUUCAUCAAAGAGGUACAGGAAGGAGGCCCCGCGGCCCUGGCGGGGCUGGAGGACGGCGAUGUCAUCGUGGAGGUGGAUGGGGAGAAUGUGCUGGAUGCGCCCUAUGAGACGGUGGUGGACAGGAUCCAGAGCAGUGGGAAGGACGUGACACUCCUGGUCUGUGCGCAGAAGGCCUACAGUUACUUCCAAGCAAAGAAGAUCCCUAUCGUCUCCUCCAUGGCCGACCCGCUGGACGCCCAGCCUGAUGCCCAGGCGGAAGUACCGACGGAGCCAGAGCCUGGCUUAUGCGGGGCGAGAGAGCGAGCCCAGAGCACAACCUCACAUUUGUCUUCCCAGUCUGAAGAUACAGAGAUGUGAAGAGAAUGAGCAACGGCUUUGGCUGGUACGGUUCCUGUGAAAUACCUAGAAACUGCUUUCUCAGGACAUGAGCCACCACCAGCUCGCUGUCCAUGAGAGAACAUUGGAAACCACCAUGCGUGGCUGCCUUGUGCUUUCCUCUCCUGGCAGGCUGGUUUAUUUAUGGUCAUCUUUGGAAGGCUGAAGGCAGGAGCCAGAUCCUUUUUAUGUGAAAUCUUCCAAACUUUGGCUUUACAUUUCCGUUUGAUGAUACUUCUUUCUUCUGUAGAUUCUUUCAGCAUCAAAGAUGAUUUAUAUCUGUAUGUUAAAGUAUUUGAGCAGAUGGUACUAUUGAAAUUGUAACAGUGUUAAGAUUGCCAUAAUAAAUAGCAUGAAAAUGCCUUUUGAACUGC